UGAGAGGGCAGGCCGAAGACAGGUACGAGAUUCUCACGAGUUCCGGAAUCCGCUCGGAAAACGCAGGCGCGGCACCUCUGACGUAUUUCCGGGGCGCCAGAGCGAAAGGAAGUCGUGGUGCCGGUGGGCGAUCCGGAAAUCGGGAAGAUGGUGGUCACCAGAUCGGCACGAAAGCGGGCGGUGAACCAAGCCUCGUCGCCUGGAAGUUCCCAGCAGAAGAAUUCUGCUGCUGGAGGGAAUCAAGAAUAUCCAGAAAGAAGGCUGGGCUCUGGAUCUGAUGACCGGGAACAGAGUUCGAUCUCUCGAAAUCCUAAAUCCAAAAAGAGGAAGGAUGGACCUGCCAGCACACUAUCCGGGAUAACUGAACCAUCUGAUGGAGAGACCUCUGAGGCAGAGUCAAAUUAUUCUGUGUCUGAGACCCAGGAGCCCAUUUUAAGAAUAACUAGGAGGAGGCAAAUCUUAAUUGCACCCACCCCAGUGUCUAGUGUUAGAAAAAGGCUGAAAGUAACCCCAGUAAAUGAAUCUCAUACUGAAGAAGUUGUUUCUGAAGCAGAAUCUCAUGCUUCAGGUGUUUCUAGAAUUGCGCCUUCCACAGAGCUAACUACAAGAACCCAAAGAUGUACAGAUAAAUCUAUAACAGAUCCAAGCCAAGACUCACAUGCUGAAGCUGUAUCUGAUGCUGAGUCAUCAUGCUCAAACAUUUCAUUUUCUGGAAUUGCACCUAAGAGAACCACCAGGAGUAAGCCAAGCAAGUUACAGACACAAAUUGAGAAGAAAGAUACUAAAAUUGGCCCAAGAAAUGAAAAGCAAAUCAUUGAUACGCCUGUGAACUCAGAGGACUUGGAUACCAAACGGACUUCUCAUUUACAAGCAAGCUCUCUUUCUCAGAUCAAUAAAUCAAAUGUCUGUAGUAAUGAAAUUCAUAAUGACUUUGAUGAUUCCUUCCACGUAAGUUCAGAAAAAAUACUGACAGUGCGGAAACACCAGUAUUCUAAUGAAAGAGAGAAAGGACAGGCCAGAGUUGUAUCUCCUAAAGAAACAAAACAGAAUUGUAAGAGUUUGGAUGAAGACAGCAAUGAAAUAAUAAAUGAGGGAAAAGAAAUGAAUGAGAACUCCUCUCAGUUGAGUCUUUCUAAAUUUCAGGACGCUAGCCCUCAGCAAUUAGCUUCUCAGAAGCAUUCAACCCCCCGUAACAAAACCCCUUCAGAGCCCUCACAUCUGAAUUGUGAGGCUGUAAUGAAAUCGUUAGCCCAAACAUUUGCAGUCGUGGAAGUGAAUAGAUGGAAUGAAGAAAGAAACAGCCCCGUAAAAACAAGUGACUUAACAAAGUUUGGUAAUGGUGAUGAUAGUGAUAAUGAAGAGUCCACAGUUGUAAGUGUCAGUGAUGAUAGGAACCAUGAUGAAAGGAAUGUAGAUCUUGAAUGUGAUACCACACUAAAGUCUGCACUCGGCACAUCUCAGGAUAUUGACGGUCCUGUUUUAUUAGUUCUAAGCAGUGAUGAAAGCCAGCAGUCUGAAAACAGUGAAGAUGAAGAGGAUACCUUGUGUUUUGUUGAAAAUAGUGGCCAGAAAAAGUCAUUAAGUGGCAAUUCGGGAGAUAAGUCGGGUGGCAAUGAAUUGUUUGUGAUUGACACAACUCCUGGAUUGAGUGCUGAUAAAAAUUUUUACUUGGAAGAGGAAGAUAAGGUAAAAGAGGUUGCCAUUGAAGAAGAGGAGGAAGAGGAAAGUGAAGAAGAACCUUCAGAUCAUGAUAAAAAUAAAGAUGCGGAGUUUAGUGAUGAAGACGACUUACUAAAUAACACAAAGUCUAAACUUUUGAAGUUGACAAGCAGCAGCAUAGACCCUGGUCUGAGUAUCAAGCAGCUGGGUGGCUUGUAUAUUAAUUUCAAUGCAAACAAACUACAGUCUAACAAGAGAACCCUAACCCAGAUCAAGGAGAAAAAGAAAAAUGAGCUUCUGCAGAAAACCGUCAUUACACCUGAAUUUGAAAAAAAUGACUGUGUCCCACCAUAUAGUGAAUCAAAGCAUCAGCUUCAGAAAAAACGCAAGAAAGAGCGACAAAAAACUGCGGGUGAUGGCUGGUUUGGUAUGAAAGCUCCAGAAUUGACAGAUGAACUGAAAAAUGAUCUCAAAGCUCUGAAGAUGAGAGCAAGCAUGGACCCAAAAAGGUUUUAUAAGAAAAAUGAUAGAGAUGGCUUUCCCAAGUAUUUCCAGGUUGGAACUAUCGUUGACAAUCCAGCUGACUUCUACCAUUCACGAAUUCCUAAGAAGCAAAGGAAAAGGACUAUUGUGGAUGAACUGCUGGCUGAUUCUGAGUUUAGAAGGUAUAACCGAAGGAAGUACUCAGAGAUCAUGGCUGAAAAAGCAGCAAAUGCAGCAGGAAAAAAGUUUCGAAAGAAGAAGAAAUUCCGCAAUUAAGAUUCACUCUGCAAGCCACUGCAUUUAUAUCUCCUCUUUAUUCAUUUACUGAAGAUGUUUUUAAACUAACACCAUCACAUAAAUUAAUGUAGACUGACCCUUUUUUUUAUAGGGAUUUCUAUUUGGGACAGAUAGGCUUGAGAGCCUUGACCCAUGUGCUCCUUGAAAUAAAAAAUAGAGGUGUUUACAAGGGACCCAUCCCAGCCUUGACUCUUUAAAGGCAAAAAGGAAGAACCUCAGUCACUUUAACAGAAUUAAUGUUUUUGUAAAGUUUUCAAUGUUAAAGAUUUUUUUAAAGAUUUAUUUAUUUAUUUGAAAGGCAGAGUUAGACUUUUGUCCACUGGUUCAUUUCCCAAAUGGCCACAACAGCUAGGGCUGGGCCAGGCCAAAGCCAGGAGCUUCUUCAGGGUCUCCCAUGUGGGUGCAGGGUCCCAAGCACUUGGGCCAUCCUCCACUGCUUUCCUGGGCACAUUAGCAGGGAACUGGAUUGGAAGUGGAGCACCAGGGACAUGAACUGGCACACGUAUGGGAUACCUGCAUCCCAGGUGGCAGCUUAACCAUAUGUGCUAAACACUGGCCCCUUAAAGAUUUAAUUUAAAAAUAUUUAGGAAGUAUAAAGUUUACUGGCAUGUUGAAAGAAUUUUAAAAAUUACGCAUUUUGUGCAGAGUUAAGUUGCUGCUUGGGACACCCACAAUCCAGAUCUGAGUGCCUGGUUUGAGUCAUGGCUAUUCCACUUACAAUCCGGCUUCCUGUUAGUAUCUUGGGAGGACCAAAUGACGGCUUAAGUAGUUGGAUUACUGCCAAUCAUGUGAGGGACCUGGACUUGGUUCCAGGUUCCUGGCUUUGGCCUGGCCCAGCCCUGGCUAUAGCAGACAUUUUGGGAAUGAACUAGUGGAUGGGAGAUCUCUUUCUCUCUCCUACCUUUCAAAUAAAAGGAAAAAAAAAAAUUAAAAAAUUAUCAGUGAUACAUAAACAGUUAUGUAAUUAUUAUGUAGUUUUGUAUGUAUAUAUGUAUGGUAGGAAGGAAAUGGCAGACAGGUAGUGCCUAUAGUUAGCUACAAAUUCAGAUACAGAAAGUUGGUGAGGUCAGUAUACAGAGAGAUCGGUUUGUUUGCAGUAUAAAAAUCACAGUUGAAAACAAAUGAUAAAAACAUUCCUGGAGCAAAUGUAUAUUAGCAUAAAACCAAGGAACUAGGUGAAGGGCUGUAAAGAUAGGGCAGUAAAGAUAGUUUCUUUAGCUUAACUGUGAAAAGAUCCAGUUGUUGAUCAUUCAAUAAAUGUUUCUCUGUAUAGAAAA